CCCGAUCGAGUACUCGUCACGACUUGCGCGACAUAGUCCUUUUCUAUCCGACCAAAGCACUCCAGACCAAUGCGCAGAUUAUUCCAGCGUCCAUGACUACCCUCGUGCAGACCCGUCAGCCAUUACAAGUACUGAGCAUGAGCAAUCAGUCUCAGCCCAAGCGUCGCAGGAGCUCGCGCCUUGCCUCAUAUGAUGAACAGGAUGGGGAUUUUCAUUUUACGCGAGGAUCUAAACGAGCAAAGACACAGCCGGAGCCGAUACCUGAAGACGAGCCGGCACCAGCUUCUGUCCCUAUACCAUUACCUAGAAGGGGAAGACCAAAACAGAAUAAGGACCGCGAGGCACAGCCAGCACCUCCGGCUCAACCGGUUCAGCCAGCUCAGCCAGCACCCAGGAGAAAUGCAAAGCGGAGGUCAACCCAGAUAACAUCUGAUCAGGAUGAGGUACAAACGCCGCCGCCUCCGCCACCUCCACCGCAAAGGACCACGAGAAAAAGAGGACGCCCAUCUGUAGAUAAGACCGAAAAGGAACCAGCAAAAGCUACGAAUGGAGUCUCUAAGAAGCAGAAAGAACGCAUAGAAGAGGAAGUCCAAGAAGAGGCAGCUCAGUCAACACCUGUGGAUGAGCACAAGGGAAGAGGCAGAGAUAAUGCAUCAGACUCCAAGAAGAUCGCGCUGCCGUUUAGCGACACGCCUAUAAUAAAUCGUAACAAAGAAAUGCGGAGGAAGACAGGGGCUCGCAGGAGUAGCUUGGGUAUGCGCGGGAGAAGAGCAAGCUCCCUUAUAGAUAAUGGCCACAGCGCCAUACCGCAUAAAGCAGUCGAUCCCGCCGAAUUCUACAAGCAUAUCGAAGCUGAUCUGAUGGAACCACGCCGUAUGAAGCAGCUCCUAACGUGGUGUGGAGAGCGAGCUCUGUCAGAGAAACCACCGCUAGGAUCCUUGAAUUCUAAUGAGAUUCUUGGGGCCCGAGCGAUUCAAGACCAGCUACUAAAAGACUUUUCGUCGAAAUCGGAAUUUUCGGACUGGUUCUCACGAGAGGAAGUACCGCGACCACCCGCAAUAGUGAAGCCGAACCCGCGGAAUAUCGAACAUGAAGAAAAAAUAGUAGCAUUAGAAGAAAGAGUAAAACGAUUAAAAGCAGAAAAGCGAGCAUGGCAAUCCUUAAAACAACCGCCUCCAGAACUACCACCACUCUUCCCCUCGUCAGAUUCAAACCCUCAAUCAUUACCAUUACCCGACGCCUCCCUUCUCGACUCCGAGGAGGCCCAAAUCCUCGCCACUCUUACUGACCCGUCGACCGCCAUAAAACCGCAGAAGAUCCAAUCCCGCCUUCAAGCGCUCCAAAGCUCCCUCGACUUUAGAAUCGACCAUCUGUCUGACAACGUGCAAAAGCUAGAACACCGGGUAAAGACAGGAGGACUGCAAGCAGACCGCGUGUUAGCCCUCAGCGCGGCAAGGCUAAAGGAACGAGAGGAGAAGGAGAGAGCGAGCGCAGGAACUAAGGAUAUGCCAGUUAUGGAAGUACUAAGGAGUCUAGGGAGGAUAUUGCCGCCAGAAAGCGGAGGAGGGGGUUAGGUCAUGAUCGACUUCCCGUGCCGCGUAUAUAGCGCGUACGCGUGUAUGGAAAAGCAGUAAAAGAGAAAAAAAAAAACCCAAGAUUAUCAAUUUUUUCACGUCUCACGUACGGGGGUUUUCUGUCUUUGAAUAGGCAAGGGAAAUGGAGGGAGCAUAGAUGAUUUGCGUUUGCGGUUUGCGUUUGCGGCUUGGAAGAUACCACAUCGACUCGAAUGAGGCGGGAAGGCGUUUUUCCGUUUUUAUUUAUUUUAUCCAUGCUGUUUUACUCUCUGGCAUGGCUAUGUGGCCUAGGUAGCUGUGCGCGUGUGUACCUAGCGAAACUGGCUAGGUCUGGCUGGGAUCGGCGUCUUCGAGAUGAGAUAAUGAAUGAUACUGCAUUGCAUUGCGUUUCGUUGCGUUGCGUUGCCCCGGUUUACAUUACGUUGUAUCGUAUCGUAUGGGGAGACGAGAUGGUAUUAAGCCUGUUUUGAUUGUCUGAUGUAUUUAUUGUGGUUGGAUGGAUGGGUGGUGGUGGUGGUGAUGCAUUAGGGGAGUGAGCAACUGGUAUUUGGUAUUGUUCGAUUAU